AAAGAGAUAGAAGAGGAAAAGAAACUUAGAAUUGAUGAAGCAAGGAAGAAUGGUGAACUUUAUGAGUGUGGUUGUUGUUUUGAUGAUGAGGUUCUAUUUGAAGAUAUGGCAACUUGUGCAGACGGACAUCUAUUUUGUAAAGAAUGUAUUCGUCGUUCAACAGAGGCAGCCAUUGGUGAUGCUAAAGUCAAGUUCCCAUGUUUAACAGGAUCUUGUGAACACGAUAUACCUCUUUCUGUUUUACAAAAUAUUGUUUCACCCAAUCUAUUCUCCAAUAUUUUACGCAAACUUCAAGAAGAAGAAUUAAGAUUAGCAGACAUUCCAGACUUGGUAUCCUGUCCAUUUUGUAGUUUUGCUACGGUUAUGCCCGACCCUGCUGAUAAAGUAUUUAAGUGUUUGAAUCCAGAAUGUCUAAAAGAGACUUGCAGAUAUUGUCAGGAACCAAAUCAUGUGCCAUUAAAAUGUAAUGAAGUAGAAAAGAAAACAGAAACUGAUAUGAGAACUUUCAUUGAAAAUAAAAUAUCAGAAUCCAUGUUGAGAACUUGUACUACGUGUAAAAAACGAUUUUUUAAAGAUUUUGGUUGUAAUAAAAUGACAUGUACAUGUGGAACUACAAUGUGUUAUGUGUGUAGAGAACCUAAUAUUGAUUAUGAUCAUUUUAAUGCCAAUGGAGGGUAG